AUGGGUCAUCCUAAAGCGUGUUGCCUAGCAUUGGCCCUCAAUGUGGCAGGUGCCUUCGCAAAUCCCAUCAAGCCUCGUGGACUCAUCUCAAAGUCUGCACCAAUUGAUCUCGUAUCUCACUUCAACAACAAAGCCUUUGGCACUUAUGCAGGGGAAGCAGCAUUUGAUCCUUUGAACCAGUCAUACCCAGCACCCGCUAUUGCUCACGAUGGAUCCUAUACCUCGACCCAAAGUGGUAUUCAGUAUGGUUUUCCGGGCUACACCGGGCCGAACAAGUCGGACAACGUGCUCUGCACUGGUCAAACCAUCGAAGUCCCGAAGAAGAGCUAUUUCUCGGCCUCUUUACUUGUAGCCUCAGAUGUCGAGCUCGAGACUGUGUCUGGCAACCUGACUUUUACCUAUCGAGACGAUACAACUUCGGUAUCUGAGCUGAGGAGCGAGCCGUGGUGGGCCUUUCUUACCAUCAAUCGAGGAGAAAUAAUCUUUCCUUACAGGUACACGGCCAAUGGGACCAACUUCAACACUACACACAUCUAUGAAUACAGCUAUGCUUUGGAUAAUACCAAGUCACUUGCAUCAAUCACUCUACCGACAACUACCAACACCACCACUGGAAGAUUGCAUGUCUUUGCCAUCUCGCUGUGGGAAGGCUCGGGCGUGUCUGUUCAAUCAGUUCGUCCCACACAGAAGUGGGUAGGCAAUGGUACUCAAGUCGUCGAGGUCACAAUCAACAACGCUGGUACACAGUGCGUCUCGGGUGCCGGGCUUAAGGUCACUCUUUCCGGCGGUAACAUCACGACCGUGAGCCCCGGGUAUGUCAAGAGACUCUGUCUUGGAGAUCAGAAGCGUGUCAACAUCGGCACCCGAGGCACAUCAAAGGGCUCUGUCUCCGUCACACUCGACGAUGGGUCGCUUCAACAGAAUCAAACGUUCAACAACCUUGACCUUGGGCUAUCAACAUGGACAUCCGAACUCGAUAAUCUUGCCCAGCACGAAGCUCCAGACUGGUUCGACGGAGCUAAGUUUGGUAUCUUCAUACACUGGGGACCAUAUGCUGUUCCUGGCUGGGGUAACUCGACACCACACGAGAGUUAUGCUGAAUGGUUCUGGUGGUAUACCACCCAUCAUCCAGAGGCCGAUGCAUCCGACUUCUAUGACUAUAGAUUGCGAACAUUCGGCCCCGAUUGGAACUACGAUGACAGCUUCGUGAACUAUACUGCCUCGAAAUUUGAUCCCAGGGCCUGGGUUGACUUGUUUGCACACGCUGGAGCAAAGUACUUCGUCUUUACCACGAAGCACCAUGAUGGCUUUGCCAACUUUGAUACAGGAGCGACGAGUAACCGCUCAUCUAUCCACUAUGGGCCAAAGCGAGACAUCCUGGGUGAACUUUUCGAUGCAGCGGCUGAGUAUCAACCAUCUUUACGCCGAGGAACAUACUUCUCUCUACCAGAGUGGUUCAAUCCCGACUUUGGUCCCUACGGCUUCUCGCAAUUAGCAACCAAUAGCUCCACAACAUGGCCUGGUAUGCUAGCCACGAAUCCUUACACUGGACUUGCCGAGCCAUACACAGGUCACAUCCCCGUCGACGACUUCAUAACCGACGUAAUGGUGCCCCAAAUGGAAAUCCUCGCCUACAACUACUCAACAGACAUCAUGUGGUGUGACUGCGGCGCCGCAAACGGAACCGCAGAUUUCGCCGCAUCCUGGUGGAACACCGCACGCUCCCAAAACCGUCAAGUAACCAUGAACUCCCGCUGCGGCCUCGCCCACACCGCAGACUUCGACACUCCCGAAUAUACCACCUUCUCCACCGCUCAAGCCAGAAAAUGGGAGAGCAAUCAAGGCAUGGAUCCCUACAGCUACGGCUACAAUCGCGCCACAAACGCAUCAGCAUACAUGAAUGCCAGCACAAUCAUCAAAGAUCUAGUAGACAUGGUAUCCAAGAAUGGCAAUUUCUUGCUAGAUGUAGGACCGAAAGCCGAUGGCAGUUUUGUGCAAGAAGAAGUUGACAAUUUGAAAGAGGCGGGGAAAUGGAUCAAUUCUCAUGGGGAAGCGAUUUUCAAUACGACGUAUUGGUUUGUGAUGCCGGAGGAUAGGAGUGGGAGGUUGAGGUUUACCCAGACUGAGGGGGCGUUUUACGUCUUUUCGUUUGAGAAGCCGAAGGAUGGGUUGUUGGUGGUUGAUGCGGUGUUGCCUAUUCUGCCCGGUGACGAUGUGACGGCAGUGGGUGUUGGAAACGCAAGUGCUGCCUUGAAGUGGGAGAAGUCGGACGAAGGUACGUUGAAGAUUGAGGUGCCACAAAGUAUCAGUGAUUCAGAGAAAUACUGCUGGGUGUACAAGAUAGAAUACUUUACAUAG